AUGAGUUCUACAAAAUAUUCUAUUACAAAUACAACUAAACGUACCCCGUCGAGAAUACAGCCAAAUGUUUUUACUGCUCCAAAUGUUUCUUCAUUCUUGAGCUCAGCACCAACUUGUACACUGAUCUUGGAUUCGUUGACUGAACUUUUUGGUACAAAACGUCUUUUAUUGGUUGAAGGUAAACCAAUCAAGAUUGGCAGAUCAAUAAACAAGCUAACAAAUCCGGCUGAGACAAAUGGUUACUAUGAUAGCAAAGUUCUUUCGAGGACUCAUGCUGAAAUUUGGCUUGAGAACGGAAAGUCGAGCAAUGGAACAUUCGUUAACGGACGACGUAUCAACUAUAUUGAAUAUGGAGAAGAUGAAAAAGUAGAGUUAAAAAUAUAUGAUAUCGUGGAGUUUGGUAUUGAUAUCUUUAAUGACCAAGAUAAAAAAUUAUUGUUCCGUAAAGUGACUGUUGUUUCGGUAAAAGAUGAUGAAGAUACGAAUGAUAUAACAAAUUUCAAUUUUACUUUAAAUCCGGGAUCCUCUAUUUAUGACUUUCUUGAGAAAGAAUUACUAAACUGUCAAGAAGAAUCUCAGCGAUUAAAUGAAAUGAGUACGACACUAAAUGAUAUCACAAAUCUCUUUGAUAAUACGGAUAAGGUGCUAAUAACCAAGACUACCAAUGUUCUAUCUAAACGUGAUUCCUGUCCUGAAAAGGGUAAACUUGAAAAAUCGUUGGACAAUGUUAUACAUAAGGAAAAUCGAGAGAAUGGCCGAGAGAAUAGGGGUGAACCAUCUACCAUUAAUCUAAAUGGAAAAGGAUCGUGCAUAACUUCAACAAAUAAUGUUUUUGAAGAUUUGAAUUAUAUUAAAUAUGAUAACAAAAGGACAAUAAAAUUACAUGAUGAUGAAAUUGGUCGUUUAAACGAAGAAAUUAAACGAUCCAACGAAAAAUUUGAAAAUCAAGCUCACACUAUUGUUCUAAAAGAUUGUGAGAUAAAAAGUCUUCAAGCGGAUAAUAAGCGUCUAACUAAUGAAAUUUCAAAACUUCGACAAGACUUGGAAAAAUCUAAUACUAUCUACAAUAAGUAUCGUGAACUUGUCGAGAAAGAACAAUCAAAACACAAGACUGAUACUGAAAUGCUAAUUUUCUCACUUCGAAAUGAAUUAAAGGAUUUACAAAAGACUAACUCUAUGGUUAAAUCACUGCAAUCUCAAUUAGAGGAUUCUCGUGCUCUUAAUGAACUUUUGAAAAAGAAUUAUGAAUCUCUAAUAGAGGAAAAUAAAAAAUUGCGUGAAAACAUUCGUAGAGCUAAAUUUGAAAAAGAUACACAACUGGAUUUUGUAAAAAAGUUGGGCCACGAGAUUGCAAUGAAUUCUGGAUUAGAAAAUGAUUUAUCAAAAUCAUCAUUACCUCAAGUGACCCGAAACGGACAUUCAAAACAAAUAUCAGAGCCAAUUAAAGACUCUGAAUGGACGGGUGAAAGUGACGGAGAUGAUGAAUCACCGAUAAUUAACAUUAAUUUAGAUAAUGUAUUUAAUAAAAACAAAGUUGUGGUGAAUGGUGUAAUAAUAGAAAAUAAUACUAAAAGUAAUUGUAUAGAUGUUUUUAAUGUAAUUUCUACAGAUCAAGCUGAGAAAGAUAGUUAUGAAAGCAGAAUAAUAACUGACAAGAUCGCGAAUAAUAAACAAGAAACUAUCAAUGGUGACCUUAAUAAAAAUAAGUUGACCAAAAAAUGUUCACGGGCAGUAAUAACUUCUUCGAAAGGAAGAGUUGUUAAAACCGCAAAAAAUGGGUCUAGGACUGAGUCAUCUGAUAAUGGUCAGGUUGUGAAAAAAGUUGGUGAAGUAAAAUCGGAAAGAGGAUCUCAAUUAAUAAAGAUUUGGUAUGAUAAAUAUAUAGUAUUAACUAUAUGUACCAAUCCAACUAGGACUUUACUUUUCCUACAUUCCAUGAUCAUAAUAUUCAUUCAAACCACAUUCUUUCGCAUUCCAAUGAGUCAAAUCUCAUUAUCAUGGUUAAGUCCAUCAGCGUAUAAUAAUUUUUUGUUAUCUGAAAUAUCAACAUGGAAUUUUUCCUUGUUAAAUUGGUUAAAUUUGAAUUUGUCAUGGCUUAAUAUAUCAACAUGGGAUUCGUUGGUUUGGGAUUUACCAAUUACUGAAAUGGUACCUUGGAACGUUUCAAAGAUCAACGUUGAAUCGUUAAAAAUAGGGGCAUCGGCUUUAGAGUUUUCGGUGGGUUGGGUGGAUAUGGGGAUCAGAGUGUUUAAAUAG